CGCCCCGGGUCUCCGAGGGGCGGGAGAGAUGUCGCGGGGGGCGGGCGCGGCGCGCGGGGAGGGGAAGGGGUUCUCGCGCGAUUGGGCGAGGUUUCCGGUGUUGUGACUGAAACCCGUCAAUAUGGCGGCGAUCGGCCGCGGCCGCUCUCUGAAGAAUCUCCGAAUACGAGGGCGGAAUGACAGCGGCGAGGAGAACGUCCCGCUGGAUCUGACCCGAGAACCUUCUGAUAAUUUAAGAGAAAUACUCCAAAAUGUGGCCAAAUUACAAGGGGUAUCAAAUAUGAGAAAGCUUGGACAUUUGAAUAACUUCACAAAGCUUCUCUGUGAUAUUGGCCACAGUGAGGAAAAACUGGGCUUUAACUAUGAAGAUAUCAUAAUUUGUUUGCGGUUAGCUUUAUUAAAUGAAGCAAAAGAAGUGCGAGCAGCAGGGCUACGAGCACUUCGAUAUCUUAUCCAAGACUCCAGUAUUCUGCAGAAGGUGCUAAAAUUGAAAGUGGACUAUUUAAUAGCAAGGUGCAUUGACAUUCAGCAGAGCAACGAGGUAGAGAGAACACAAGCACUUCGAUUAGUCAGAAAGAUGAUUACUGUGAAUGCUUCCUUGUUUCCUAGUUCUGUGACCAACUCGUUAAUUGCAGUUGGAAAUGAUGGACUUCAAGAAAGAGACAGAAUGGUCCGAGCAUGCAUUGCCAUUAUCUGUGAACUAGCACUUCAGAAUCCAGAGGUGGUAGCUCUUAGAGGUGGACUAAAUACCAUCUUGAAAAAUGUGAUUGAUUGCCAAUUAAGUCGAAUAAAUGAGGCCCUCAUUACUACAAUUCUGCACCUCCUUAAUCAUCCAAAGACCCGGCAGUAUGUGCGAGCUGAUGUAGAAUUAGAGCGGAUUUUAGCACCCUACACUGAUUUCCACUACAGACACAGUCCAGAUACAGCAGAAGGUCAGCUCAAAGAAGACAGAGAAGCACGGUUUCUAGCCAGCAAAAUGGGAAUCAUAGCAACAUUCCGGUCAUGGGCAGGUAUUAUUAAUUUGUGCAAACCUGGAAACUCUGGGAUCCAAUCACUAAUUGGAGUACUCUGUAUACCAAAUAUGGAAAUAAGGCGUGGUCUGCUUGAAGUGCUUUAUGAUAUAUUUCGUCUUCCUCUACCUGUUGUGACAGAGGAGUUCAUAGAAGCCCUGCUCAGUGUAGAUCCAGGAAGGUUCCAAGACAGUUGGAGGCUUUCAGAUGGCUUUGUAGCAGCUGAGGCAAAAACUAUUCUUCCUCAUCGUGCCAGAUCCAGGCCAGACCUCAUGGAUAAUUAUUUGGCAUUGAUACUCUCUGCAUUUAUUCGUAAUGGACUUUUGGAAGGUUUGGUUGAAGUAAUAACAAACAGCGAUGAUCAUAUUUCAGUUAGAGCUACCAUCCUUUUAGGAGAGCUUUUACAUAUGGCAAACACAAUCCUUCCUCAUUCACAUAGCCAUCAUUUGCAUUGUUUGCCAACCCUAAUGAAUAUGGCUGCGUCUUUUGAUAUCCCCAAGGAAAAGAGACUUCGAGCCAGUGCAGCCCUGAACUGUCUAAAACGCUUCCAUGAAAUGAAGAAACGAGGACCUAAGCCUUACAGCCUUCAUUUAGAUCACAUCAUUCAGAAAGCAAUUGCGACACACCAGAAACGUGAUCAGUAUCUUCGAGUUCAGAAAGAUAUAUUUGUUCUUAAGGAUACCGAGGAAGCUCUUUUAAUGAACCUUAGGGAUAGCCAAGUCCUUCAACAUAAAGAAAAUCUUGAGUGGAAUUGGAAUCUUAUAGGGACCAUUCUUAAGUGGCCAAAUAUAAAUCUAAGAAACUAUAAAGAUGAACAGUUGCACAGGUUUGUACGAAGACUUCUUUAUUUUUACAAGCCGAGCAGUAAAUUAUAUGCCAACCUGGAUCUUGAUUUUGGCAAGUCUAAGCAGCUCACAGUUGUUGGUUGUCAGUUUACAGAAUUUCUUCUUGAAUCUGAAGAGGAUGGUCAAGGAUACUUAGAAGAUCUAGUAAAAGAUAUUGUUCAGUGGUUGAAUGCCUCCUCUGGAAUGAAACCUGAAAGAAGUCUUCAAAAUAAUGGUUUAUUGAGUACUCUUAGUCAACACUACUUUUUAUUUAUUGGAACACUUUCUUGCCACCCACAUGGAGUGAAAAUGUUGGAAAAAUGCAGUGUCUUUCAGUGUCUCCUCAACCUUUGCUCAUUGAAAAACCAAGAUCAUUUGCUGAAACUGACUGUCUCUAGCUUAGACUACAGCAGAGAUGGAUUAGCUAGAGUCAUUCUUUCAAAAAUCCUAACGGCAGCUACUGAUGCUUGCCGGCUAUAUGCGACAAAACAUCUAAGGGUAUUGUUGAGAGCUAAUGUUGAAUUCUUCAAUAAUUGGGGAAUUGAGUUACUGGUGACUCAGCUACAUGAUAAAAACAAAACAAUUUCUUCUGAAGCUUUGGAUAUUCUUGAUGAAGCCUGUGAAGACAAGGCUAAUCUUCAUGCUCUUAUUCAAAUGAAGCCAGCUUUAUCUCAUCUUGGAGACAAGGGUUUACUUCUCCUUCUGAGAUUUCUUUCCAUUCCAAAAGGGUUUUCCUACCUGAAUGAAAGAGGUUAUGUAGCAAAACAGCUGGAAAAGUGGCACAAGGAAUAUAAUUCAAGAUAUGUUGACUUGAUUGAGGAGCAACUUAAUGAAGCACUUACUACUUAUCGGAAACCUAUUGAUGGUGAUAACUAUGUUCGCCGGAGUAACCAAAGAUUACAGCGUCCUCACGUCUACCUGCCUGUACACCUUUAUGGACAACUAGUACACCAUAAAACUGGCUGCCAUUUACUGGAAGUACAGAAUAUUGUUACGGAACUUUGUCACAAUGUUCGUACACCAGAUUUGGAUAAAUGGGAAGAAAUUAAAAAACUGAAAGCAUCUCUUUGGGCCUUGGGAAAUAUUGGCUCUUCAAAUUGGGGUCUUAAUUUGCUGCAGGAAGAAAAUGUAAUUCCAGAUAUACUAAAACUUGCAAAACAAUGUGAAGUUCUUUCCAUCAGAGGGACCUGUGUAUAUGUACUGGGGCUCAUAGCCAAAACCAAACAAGGCUGUGAUAUUCUAAAAUGUCACAACUGGGAUGCUGUGAGGCAUAGUCGCAAACAUCCAUGGCCAGUAGUUCCAGAUGAUGUAGAACAACUCUGUAAUGAGCUCUCAUCUAUCCCAAGCACCUUAAGCUUGAACUCAGAGUCAACCAGUUCUAGGCAUAAUAGUGAAAGUGAAUCAGCCCCAUCAAGUAUGUUCAUAAUGGAAGAUGACCGAUUUGGCAGCAGCUCUACUAGUACAUUUUUCCUUGAUAACAAUGAAGAUGCAGAGCCAUCAUUUUUUGACCGACCUGGACCCAUAAAGGAUAAAAAUUCAUUUCCUUUCUUUGCUUCUAGUAAACUUGUGAAGAAUCGCAUCUUAAAUUCACUCACUUUGCCUAAUAAAAAACAUCGUAGUAGCAGUGAUCCAAAAGGAGGAAAACUUUCAUCUGAAAAUAAGACAAGCAACAGGCGAAUCAGAACACUUACAGAACCCAGUGUGGACUUUAAUCAUAGUGAAGAUUUCACACCUAUAUCCACAGUACAGAAAACAUUACAGUUAGAAACUUCAUUUGUUGGGAAUAAGCACAUUGAAGACACUGGUAGUACCCCAAGUAUUGGAGAGAAUGACUUAAAAUUCACCAAAAGUUUUUGUACUGAGAAUCACAGAGAAAAUACAAGCCGAGAAAGGUUAGUUGUAGAAAAUUCCACAAAUUCACAUAUGAAGAUUCGUAGCCAGAGUUUUAAUACAGACACUACAACAAGUGGCAUAAGUUCAAUGAGCUCUAGUCCUUCACGAGAGACAGUAGGUGUAGAUGCUGCAACUAUUGACACAGACUGUGGAAGUAUGAGUACUGUGGUAAGUACUAAAACUGUUAAAACAAGCCACUACUUGACACCACAGUCUAACCAUCUGUCUCUCUCCAAAUCAAAUUCAGUGUCCUUGGUGCCUCCAGGGUCUUCUCAUACACUUCCUAGAAGAGCACAGUCCCUUAAAGCACCCUCUAUUGCUACAAUUAAAAGUCUAGCAGAUUGUAACUUUAGUUACACAAGUUCUAGAGAUGCCUUUGGCUACGCUACUUUGAAAAGAUUACAGCAGCAAAGAAUGCAUCCAUCCUUAUCUCAUUCUGAAGCUUUGGCAUCACCAGCAAAAGAUGUGCUGUUUACUGAUACCAUCACCAUGAAGGCAAACAGCUUUGAGUCCAGAUUAACACCAAGCAGGAUCGAUUUUAAAAAGAAGUAUGUCGGGGGGAUCAGGAGCUUAAGACCUACAAUAACAAACAACCUUUUCAGGUUCAUGAAAGCUUUAAGUUAUGCAUCAUUAGAUAAAGAAGAUUUGUUGAGUCCCAUUAAUCAAAAUACCCUGCAACGAUCCUCCUCAGUUAGGUCAAUGGUGUCCAGUGCUACAUAUGGUGGCUCUGAUGACUACAUUGGCCUUGCUCUUCCUGUAGACAUCAAUGAUAUAUUCCAGGUAAAGGAUAUUCCUUAUUUUCAAACAAAAAAUAUACCUCCACAUGAUGAUCGAAGUACAAGAGUAUUUGCCCAUGAUACAGGAGGUCUUCCCUCUGGAACUGGAGGUCUUGUUAAAAACUCUUUUCAUUUGCUACGACAGCAGAUGAGUCUUACUGAAAUAAUGAAUUCAAUCCAUUCAGAUGCUUCUCUAUUUUUAGAAAGUACAGAAGACACUGGAUUACAGGAACAUACAGAUGAUAAUUGCCUUUAUUGUGUUUGCAUUGAAAUUCUGGGUUUCCAGCCCAGUAACCAGCUAAGUGCAAUAUGUAGUCAUUCAGACCUUCAAGAUAUAACAUAUUCUGAUUGGUGUGAGCAGACCAUCCACCAUCCCUUAGAAGUGGUUCCCUCUAAGUUUUCAGGGAUUUCUGGAUGCAGUGAUGGCGUAUCUCAAGAAGGCUCAGCCAGCAGCACCAAAAGCACAGAAUUGUUACUAGGUGUUAAAACAAUUCCAGAUGAUACACCAAUGUGCCGUAUACUCCUUCGCAAAGAAGUUCUAAGAUUAGUCAUUAAUUUGAGUAGUUCAGUUUCAACUAAAUGUCAUGAAACUGGACUUUUAACAAUUAAGGAGAAGUAUCCUCAAACAUUUGAUGAUAUAUGCCUUUACUCUGAAGUUUCUCAUUUGCUGUCACACUGCACAUUUAGACUUCCAUGUCGGAGGUUCAUACAAGAAUUGUUUCAAGAUGUACAGUUUUUACAAAUGCAUGAAGAAGCAGAGGCUGUGUUGGCAGUACCACCAAAGCAACCCAUAGUUGAUACAUCUGCUGAAUCCUGACCUCAUAUUUAUGAUGUAUAUAGAGAUACGACAUAUAUUCAUAUUUGUGGAUUUUCUAAAAGCCUCAGAAAAUACUGACUGACUGGGCAGCAAAGACAGGAGUAUCUUCUGUACACUGUUCCAGCAAUUAUUGGUACAUGAACAGUUGGAACUGCUGACUUCCCUAACCAAAACAACUUCUCUCCGUAUUGAGCCCUUUGAAGGGUUCCCGUUUCAUCACAAUUUUAAGAGUUUCAGUUACCAUCAAAUGCAAGAGCCAAGCACUGAAUACCUACACAGGUUUUCUAUUUUUUCAUUUUAAAAACAGUAACAGUGGAACAGUAAUAGGAUAUGCCGAAGCACCCUUCAUACAGUUUUUAUUUUUUUUUUAGGGUCAAUAAAUGCCUUGUUUCUUAAUUAGUUCAUGGAAACUAAGAAUCAGUGUCUAUAAGGCUACAUCCUGUUACCACAAUGGGGUGUACUAUAACUGCUGGUAUUAGAGAGGGAACUUCGACCCUUCCAUGUUUUCUUAAUGUUUGUAACACUACUUCAGAAGUGGGUAACCUCAAAGCAAAAGAAGAGCCUCAACAACCCAGGACUUAUAAAUUAUUUUUAUUAGACUCGUAAAGAUUCUUACUUGUUUUCCAUCUUUUCAGUUCUGUUGCAAUGUGUUCUUCUAGGCUGUUUGAAUCAGUUAAGGUUUUUCACUACAGUUCCUAAUUGAACUGAAAUUAUUUAAUAGUUCCGUUAAAAAUAUUUGCCAUUUAUACAGUUUUCCAUUUAUAAUAUUUCCAGUGGACUGAAUUCUAUAAUCAUCAGCUCUCAUCUUUUUAAACAAGAACAUGAACAAGCACUAUUAUUUCUCACCCAAAGCAAAGGAAAGCAUUAAGUAAUAUUUCGGAUCACCUGAGGAAAAGCUAAGUUUUCCUGAAAUUUACACAUUCCACGGGAAAAGAACAGCCAUAUUUCUUUUUAAAAAAAGAUUUACAAUACUUGUUAAUGAGAUUAGAAAUUGUAGUGAAAAGUCUUAAGUACUACAUUUUAAGGCGGUAAUUUAAUUUUUGUAUCAGUGUUCUUGUUUUGCACAAACUGAAUGCAGUGAUAAGUGAGUUAAAGAGUACAAUAAUUGCUUUUAUCACAUUUGCAAAGUUGUUAAUUUGAUGAGGGCAAGAUUUUUUUGUCUCAUUUGUGUGUGUAUAAAGAUAUUGGAAAUCUUGACAGGAAUCAAACAUAUGCAAAUUUGUGUAUAUAAAAGUAGCAUGUCUAUCAUCAUUAGAAUGCCUGUAAAUCAAAGGGUUAUCUUUUUAAAAAUCUAUAUAUAAGUGAAAAUAGAAAAAAACCCAGCUGGACUGAUUAGGACCCUUUUUAAAUUCAUUUGUGUAGACCAUUUUUACAGUUACACAUCAGCUUUGACAGUCAUAGGCCAUUGGUUCACCUUACAUUUUUCCAUGUUGAAGAUCCUUUUUGUAAUGGUCUUACUCUUUGGAAUCUCUGUAAAGAACCCUGUGAACAGGGGCUGGGGAUUUAGCUCAGUGGCAUAAGCGCCUUCCUUGCAAGUGUGCGGUCGUGAGUUCGAUCCCUGGUACCAAUAAAAAUGAAAAAAGACAAAAAAAAAAAAAAAAAAAAGAACCCUGUGAACUCGAAAAUGUAACUCACAGAGAUCCUUUUUUUUUUUUAAACUGGCACUGAAAGUUCCCCUUUGGGAUGAAACAUUUCAUCUCACUUCCUACCACCUCUUUGACUGCACUUCAGUGAAUUGUUCUUAUGUGCACUGUGUAGCAACUUGCAUUGCAACAAAGCAGAUAAGGGCUGUAAGCUGCUGCUUAUGUUAAAAAGGCAUCUUCAGAUUUUCUCUCAUAGAUUCAAUGAAGGUAAAAUAGGUGUUUUUAACUUUACCACUGAACCCAAGUGUUUAUUUAAAUGUUAGCAAUGCUUCUAAGAACGUUGCCUGUCACCUUGGUCUUUCGUCUUAGGUAAUUCAAACUGCCUUUCCAGAGAACCAAAUGUCAGAAAUAAUAGACCAAAUAGUGGUUAAAAACUUCAAAGUAAGUAAUGUAGUAAUCUUACUCAUAAUCGGAUUAACAUAUUUUAGACAUUAACUGUAAACACUACCUCACUUCAUAUACAGUAUAAAAUCUGUGGUUUAAUCCCUCAAAAGUUAACAGAAAUUUUGCUUUUGUCACAUACGUGUACACAGUGAUCUUCAUCCCUGUACCCCACCUAAGUUACCCAUCCUAAAACUAAGGGUGUUACUAUUAGCCUGAACAGGUUUUUGUCUUUCACUGUUCAUUUGAAAGACAUGUAUGUGUAUGUUGUCAUGCCUGCUUAUAGCACUUACUUUGGGAAGACACUCAGAACUUUGUGAUUUUCAAUAUGCUAAGAAACAAAUGUCUGCAGUUAAAUUCAUAGUGUUAUUUGGUUUCUUCAUGGUUUCAAUGACAGGUCUAAUACAUUAUCUUUGAGUAUUUGUUUAUAUACAAGUAGACUUAUGAAAAACACAUGCAGUGCCAAGUGAUUAACUUAAGUUUUUAAAAAUACUAAAUUAUACAAAAAGGUUAGGAAUGAUGUCAGUGGUAAUACAAAUAAGUGAGAAAAAUAACUUAUAAAUAAUAGAUAUUACCAAGAAUAUAGAAUAUACCAAAAUAAUGUCAAUGUUAUAGUUUCAAGAUUUUAGAAUUAAUCUUAGUCCAUAUAAAUUUAUACUAUUGGUAACUAUUGAAUAAUUUGGAGGGAUUUGAUCUGUUACGCUGGUUGUAAACUGUGAAUUUCUAAUUUAAAUUGUCAUUUCUAAUUGAAUUUAAGAACGAAUGUCUGCUUCAUAUACUAAGUAAAUACUGGUAAAUAAGGAAAUUAGAAAUUUAGUAUUCAUAAUCAAAUAUGCUCUAAAAUUUCUUGUACUUUUAUUUCCUGUUUGUGCUUAGGUAUAUUGGAGGGGGGGAGUGUGUGCUCCCUAAAUUUUUUCUAAUAAAGAUUAGUAACAAAAGGACAUUCUGAACAGAAGGACAUUCUGAAAGACAGUGACAUUGAAAGAGGCUCUUUGGAAGUAUAUACUUUAUUAUAAAGUGUACAAGUCCAUUAGAAAUGGUAGCUUUAAGAGUUUUCAGCUCUUUGGUCUAAAACUUGAAAUAAAACUGAAUUUUUCAGGAUGUGUUGCAAUGGCAAAAUGUUCAACAGUGAGAUGUCAGUGCUUAUUUAGAUUUGUCUCCUCCUAUUUACAUAAAAUUUUAUUUCAUUCCAUUCAGAGGAUGCCUUUUAUCCCCAAUUAAAGCACAGAUCAUUAAGCAAUAAAAACCAAAUUGUCUGUUAUUCAAAUUAUAGCUUCAGUUAUUUUUGCGUGGUAAGAGCGAGGUGCUAAUUUCGUUUGAGAAGAACUUUUAAUACUUUGGGAAACAUUCUUUGGAAAUAAGGAUUUUUCUGCCUUUUAGUCCUGUGCUUCCACUUUUAUCUCAAAUUCACAAUCUAUUAAAACAUAAGAAAAAAAGAAAAGGUAGAAUUAGUUGAGAAAUUUAUAAAAGACUGUUUGGAAUGGAUGAACAUUUCAGAUUUUCCAGAAUGUAAAUUGGGAAAGUCUCCCUUAUCUUUGUAUUUAUAAAGUACAUAUAUUGUUACCAUCUUUAAUUUCAAGAAUGUUAACUGUAGUGAGAAUUUCAUUGAAAAGCUUACCAGUGAGAUUAAUGGCAGUGCUUAUCAAGAAACACUGAGUGAAAUCUGUAAGACUCUUUCUAGAAACAUUCCCCACAUACACACACACACCCACUCCCUUUCCCUUUUUAAUUCCAGGUUCCAGGGUAGUUGUCAUUCAUAGAAGGUUUAUAUAGAAGACUAACAGAAUGUGGAUUUUUCUGCCUUUGGAGUAUUUUUGUAUUGUCGGUGGUAAUGACGCCACAGCAUGCAAAAAUUGCACAUUUUGUUUGACGUUCUUUAUAAAAUAAUUUGAAAAAUAUAAUUUAUGCCAAAAAUAAGCAUAUCUUACAUUUUUGCCACUAACUAGGUUGAUUUAGCACAAAAUGCAAAGUCUUAGGGUGGAGAGGGGAGUGAAAAACUUUUUAUAGAUGAUUGUUGAAUAAUGUUCCAUUACUGACCUGUCAGAAACCCUAAAGAUGCAUUAUAAAACAAAUGAUGUAAAUUAGUUUUCAAGAGUGGUAAGGGGUUGUGGAAAACUCAAGAAUUGAUGCUCUCUAACCACAUGAUUUUCUUUUUUUAUUUAGUAAUACGCUGCUACAUAUUUGGAGGUUAUGGUGUUUGUAGGUCACUGAACACAUUGAAAUCGGAUUUAUAUUGUAUAACUGUAACAUAGAAAGAAAAAGUAUUUAUAUAUUUUCUGUAAGAAUAUUUCAUUGCGUGUGUAUAAUUUAAAAAAGAUUUGUCCCAGAAUGGUUUUGCUCACCUUGAUUUUUCUGUUGUUGUUGUUGUGGUUUACUUGUUUUUGUAUAAUGUGUACAGUUUAUGUCAAGGGCAUUAAAGCCUCCUGAAGCAUAAUCUUAUCAAAGGGAUACAUUGUUAAUAAAAUUUACUUAAAAUUCUUAAA